AAUUUUAUUUUUCUGAUCUCAUCACUGAUAUUGAAAUAGCAUUUAACGUAUCUCGCCUCUUACUAAAACAUAUUUACUCCUUUCAUAACUAUUAUAAAAGAAGGUAUAUAGAUAGCGAUCGCGUAAAUACGUUUCACAGAUGAGCAGUAUUGGUUUAAAUCGUUAAAAAAAUUUAGUCGCGGCAAUUUACUGCAAUAAUGCCUAUACGUUUAAAUUUAAAAAAAUGGAUCGGUGGAUUUGUUGCGAUAAGUGGUGCAGUGCUUUUUUAUCCAAAUGAAAACGAUCAUAUUCAAUCAUCAGAAAAACAAUCUUGGAAGACACCUCCGUCAUCCUGGGGCAGAUGGGAUCAUAAUUGGGAUAGACGACAUUCAGAAUGGCUAACAAAUGUAGCUAAAUUAGACAAUGAAAGUGAUAAAGAGUCACGUAAAAAAAGAUCUAUUGACAAACAACAAUCAAAUGUUAGACAUCACAUAAUUUUAAUCCGUCAUGGGCAAUAUAAUACAAAUGGUGAAACGGAUUCAGAUCGAACACUUACAACUCUUGGCAGACAACAGGCUGAAGCAACAGGACAAAGAUUGCGGGAAUUAGGAUUACCAUAUUCCAUGAUUAUACAAUCAUCAAUAGUCAGAGCUAAAGAAACUGCUGAAAUUAUAAAAAAAUAUCUUAACAAUAUAACAAUUAAAGAAGAUUCUGUUCUUAGUGAAGGUACGCCAAUUGCACCUGAUCCACCAAUUGAUAUUUGGAACUCUGAAGUCAUUGUUUAUGAAGAUGGACCUAGAAUAGAAGCUGCAUUUAGAAAAUAUUUUCAUCGUCCAGAACCCAGCCAAGAAAAGGAUUCAUAUGUUAUUCUUGUUUGCCAUGCAAACGUUAUUAGAUAUUUUGUAUGCCGAGCAUUGCAAUUUCCACCUGAGGGUUGGUUGCGUUUAAGUUUAAAUCAUGGAAGUAUUACAUGGGUAUCUAUUCGAUCUAACGGGAGAGUAACACUAAGAAAUUUAGGUGAUAGUGGACAUAUGAAGCCACAGCUUAUUUCAUCUUAUUGAAACUGAAUGAUAUAACUUAUAUCUUUGUUUAGUGAUGAAAUAUUUAAGUUAUGCAAUUUAUAAUAAGUAAUAUAGGAACAAAAUAUUUUUAGUUAUUCAUUUGUGAAAUGCAAGCAUUUAUUAAAUAUCAAAAAUUAAGUUUAAUAUUUGAAAUAAUUUGAAAAUUAAGAAAAAUAUUUAUGUUUUCAUUAUUGUAUGUUAAUAUUGUAGAAUUUAAAGAGGUAUAUUAUAAUUAUAAUGUGCCAUCAUUUGUUUCUAUGUAGAGAAAUUUAUAUUUUGUAAUAUUGAAAAGAUAGACGUUUUUCCGGAA